GUCAAAAAGAUAUGUAACCAAAAAAACAAUGUGGACCUGAUCUGGGAGGGAGAAGAAAUGACUUUUCUCCACUCGCUAUAGCUUUCUUUGGAUUUGAUCCCAAUAAUUCAAGCAAUCCCUAUUCUUUUGCAUGAUUUCAGAGCUGAAACGCAGACCAUGCAACUUUGCUCUCUCUUCCUUUUUCUUUUUUUUUCUCUAAUGUGUAUUGCACCUUGAUACAAACGAACAGAAAGAAUCAUUAGUCAUCUAUGCAUAAACAACAAAAAGAUAAGGUGUAACUGCAAUCGAUUAUAAAUCCUGACAAAUGCUUAGGAGAGAAUACAAACAUUACCAAAUCGAGUAAUUUCACCAUCUGUAUUAAAUCAAUAUGCGUUUCUCUCUUACUGCUGCUUUCAUUGGCGCUGCUGCCUUGAUCUCUUCUGUCUCUGCUGAUCUCUACAACCGUCUUGAUUUGAGUGAUAGUGUCUUCUUGUUUGUUGAUCACCAAACUGGUCUUUUCAACUUGGUUCAAGACUACAAUCCUGACACUUACCUCAACAAUGUUAUGGGUCUUGCUGAAACUGCUAAAUACUUUAAUGCUACCACUAUUCUCACUACUUCUCGUGAAGAUGGCCCUAAUGGCCCUAUGCUUCCUGCAAUUAAGGCUUUGUUCCCCAACGCUCCUUACAUUGCUCGUCCUGGUCAAAUCAAUGCUUGGGAUGAUGAAGAUUUUGUCAAGGCCAUCAAGAAGACUGGCAAGAAGCAAUUGAUCGUCUCUGGUAUUGUUACUGAUGUUUGUGUGACCUUUGUUGCUCUUUCUGCUAGAAAAGCUGGUUAUGAAGUCUUUGUUGUUACUGAUGCCUCUGGUACCUUCUCUGAAGCUGUGCGCGAUGCUUCUUGGUUGAGAAUGCAACAAGCUGGCGUUCAACUCAUGAACUGGUUCGGUGUUGCUUGUGAAUUGGGUCGUGACUGGCGCAGAGACAUUGAAGGUAUGGCAGCCUUGUUUGCUAAGCGUUUGCCUAGUUAUGCUCAUGUCAUGGACUCCUACAAUGGUGCCCAAGCUGCUCUUAAGGCUCAAUAGAUACAUUUAAUUUAGACCUAUUUACAUUCUAUUUAUUUAGACUAAACAAAUAAUAAAUACUUUCUUUAUCAUAUACAUGUUUGUUAGCUAAUAGUAAGGCGUAUGUGUACGCCUAUGAAAAUACAUGGUGCAUGGCGCAACAUUCUGAUCCGAUCCGGACAAUUACUAUUACUAUUGUACUCAUACAUGGUCAUGUGUCGGACAGUACUCUUUAUGACUCGUUCACCUCCCAAUGAAUUCAUCCCAAGCUAUUACGCAUUGAUCAUUGUGAAUGAGUUAGCAUGGACCAUAAGCGGGGAUUCUAUACAUGAGAUAUGCUUGUCAUCAGUUGACGAAAAAAAACAGACCAU